GCUCACAAUGACCUCUUCCCAGACAGUACACACAAAGUGAUUGAAGCUGAUGGUAAACUAGAGGAUCUGCUUUGCUCUCGACAUGGGAAACUGCUGGAUGUCUUCUGUCGCACUGACCAGAAGUGUAUAUGUGUGUUGUGUGUUAUGGAUGAACACAGUGGACAUAAAACAGUUUCGGUUGCAGCAGAGCGAACUGAGAAACAGAAAAAGUUCCAGGAAACCCAAAGGAAAAGUCGACAGACAAUCCAAAGGAAACAAAACCACCUACAGGAGCUGAAGGAUGCUGUGGGGGUAAUCAAGCAAUCUGCUCAGGCAGCGGUGGUGAAGACAGAGGAGAGCUUUGAGGACGUGAUUUGCUCCAUGAAGAGAAUAUGCUCUGAGGUGACAAAGCUGAUCAGAGAUGAGGAGGAGGCUGAUGUGACUCAAGCUGAGGAAUGUAUGGGGACACUGGAGCAGGAGAUUGCAGAAUUGCAGAAAGCAGAUGCUGAGCUGGAACAGCUGUCAAAAACAGACGAUAAUGCAAGCUUUUUGCAGAGUUUUCAGUCUCUGAGCUCCUUGAUGGACCAAGAGAAAUCAUCAGAUCUCAAAGUCUGUUCAGAUGUGUCAUUUUGGAAAGUGAUACAGAGUGUGUCUCAGCUGAAAGACAAACUGGAAGAUGUCCUUAAACAGGGGACAUGUAGUAUCACAGCGACUGAUUCAUGUCAACUCAGUCUAGACCCCACUACAGCACAGGGGGUACAUUACGUAUUUGAAGGAAAUAAGGCCGUUUCCUGGAUGGAGAAUACAAUGUGGAGUCGUGACAAUCCAGAGAGGUUUGACUACAGAUGCCAGGUGCUGUGUAAAGAGAGGGUAUCUGGAAGAUGCUAUUGGGAAGUGGAGUGGAGCACUUCAAAGAGAUCAAGAGCUGGAUCAUCCGAGCCUCCUCCACCUCACCUGAGACUCUGCCCGCUGGCUGGGCUGGGCUGCCUCGCCAUGCACGAGUGGGACUCUGCAGUGGGCCUGUUUGGGCUUACUCCUCGGUGUACUGGUGGUAUUAAAUGGGGGUGUCGCUCAGAAAAUGCACACCCCCUACCUGUGACAAUACCUCUGAGUGCCUGGGACCUGCUGCUUUCCUAA